CGCGCCGAGGCAGUGCGGCGCCCGCCGCCGAGGAUGCCGCCCAGCGCCCUCGCCGCGGCCGUGCCCCGGCCCUAGCGCGCCGACCGCAGCCCGCGCCCCGCGCCCCGCAGCCCCGCGCCCCGCGCCCGCCGCCGCCUCUUCAAUGGGCAACCUGUUCGGCGGGGUCAGCUUCCGCGAGCCCACCACCGUGGAGGACUGCGACUCCACCUGGCAGACGGAGUCGGAGCCGGAGCCGGAGCCGGAGCCCGAGGAGCCGGGGCCGGGCGGCGGCGAGGGCCCCGGGCAGGAGCCCGAGCAGCCCGCGCAGCCCCCGGAGCCCGCCGGCGGGCGGCCCCGCGCCAGUCCCGCGCCGGACCAGGACGCCGAGGCGGCGGGCGCCGAGCAGGGUGCUGAUUCCACUGAAGCAACUGCCAAACCAAAGAGAAGUUUUUACGCUGCGAGGGAUUUGUACAAAUACAGACACCAGUACCCACAGAACUUCAAAGAUAUCCGGUAUCAAAAUGACUUGAGCAAUCUUCGCUUUUAUAAGAAUAAAAUUCCAUUUAAGCCAGAUGGUGUUUACAUUGAAGAGGUUCUCAAUAAGUGGAAAGGAGAUUAUGAGAAGCUGGAGCACAACCACACUUACAUCCAAUGGCUUUUCCCCUUGAGAGAACAAGGCUUGAACUUUUAUGCUAAAGAACUAACUACAUAUGAAAUUGAGGAAUUCAAAAAAACAAAAGAGGCAAUUAGAAGAUUUAUCCUGGCUUAUAGAAUGAUGUUAGAAUUUUUUGGAAUAAAGCUGAUUGAUAAAACUGGAAAUGUUGUUCGGGCUUUGAACUGGCAGGAAAGGUUCCAGCACCUGAAUGAGUCCCAGCACAACUAUUUAAGAAUCACCCGUAUUCUUAAAAGCCUUGGUGAGCUUGGAUAUGAAAGUUUUAAAUCUCCUCUUGUAAAAUUUAUUCUUCACGAAGCUCUUGUGGAAAAUACUAUUCCCAAUAUUAAGCAGAGCGCGCUGGAGUAUUUUGUUUAUACCAUUAGAGACAGAAGAGAAAGGAGGAAGCUCCUGCGUUUCGCCCAGAAACAUUACACGCCUUCAGAGAAUUUUAUCUGGGGACCGCCUCGGAAGGAAGACGCAGAAGGAAGCAAAGCCCAGAAAAUGCCUGCCCCUUCCGUCCCCAGCCCUAACAGUCAAACUUCUAUGCACAAAAAACCUAAGGACUCCAAAACUUCCUCCUCAGCUGCUCCUGUAAAUAGCAAAACAGCUGAAGACAAAAAAGCGGCGCCUGAAGAGCCUGGGGCAGUGACAGACAGGCCCUGCGCAGAGCCCAGCAGCACAGCCGCCAGGCCAGGGGACGCAGAGGAUGGGAAUGCUGAAAAUUCAAAUUCUCAACCAGAAGAAGCAAUGAAUGAUCCCACAGAGAAAACUGAGAGUGCAUCUCCUCCCGAAAAAGAUGAUGAAGGUAAAAAUCAUAACAAAGACUGUGGAAGUUCUGGAAAUACAGGUUCCCAGGAUGAGGUACUGUUUCAGUGAAUUAUCAGAAACCCACAAACCAGUUUAGGGAGAGGAGGCGGAAACUGCUGUACAGUUUAUCCAAAAGAACAGAGGUCACAGUUCAAAUUUUGGCCAUCUGUUUGUGAUUUAUGUUGUAAGCAUUUUGUUGUUUUUUUAUUCUGGAUGAUAUUAAGUUUAAUCAGAUGUUUAAGACAAGACCCAGUAAAUGAAUGUAUUCAGUAACACUUUUAGGAUGUGAGUUUACAAAUUCUGUGUACAAUAAUUAUUUUAUAAUUAUUUUCAUGUAUCUGGAAAUAUUGGUGCAGUACUUGGGAUAUCAAAUAAAUUAUUUUGAGAGGUUACAGUCUACUUGAAGAAAACCAAGAGGAUAAUUUCAUUAUGUUGCCACACCUUUGCCUGUUUUAUGGAUUCCUUUGUUUUUUUUUUUAGCUGGAAGAAUCUAGGAGUAAUUUGGAUUUUUAAUCAGAAAGUAAUUUGGAUUGUUUUCAUUACAAUACCUCAGCAUAUUUAUUUUAGAUGAAAUGUAUGCUCUUGGGGAGCUGUAACCCCCCCACACCCCACCACUCAUUUGUCAGUCUUGCUGUCUUUUCCUGUCCCCUCUCUGCACUCACCUGCACCCACUAUCUUGUCAGCCAGCAGCUGCGUUUCUGUUGUACAUUCCGAUGAACUCCUCCUGUAUUGAAACUUAAAUGGAACAGAACAGGACUUUCAACUGUAUGAUUUCAAGAAUUUGCUUUGCUUGAAAUAAUAAAAAUGUUUUUCUGUAUUAA